CAUGGCUGGCUGGUUGGGAUCGGCAAAAUACAAGCGAUACCGGCUGGGGAAAUUGACAUGAGGCCGUGCUUGCUGCUUCUGACCGGCUUCUCAAGCCGAACAGCAUUCUGCAUCUACNUACGCGUGUCAGACACCGAAUUCUCGGUCAAUAUGGAGUCUCUCCGUUCCUCUAUUGAAAGCUCACAACCGCCGAGCAAACGUCAGAAACGGAAGACGGUCGCGUGCGCACGAACCUACACCUUCCCCACGCGUGAUACAAGACUGACAACGAUGCUACAGANNUGUCGGCGCUGUCACGACCAAAAGACAAAAUGUGAUGGCGAAAAGCCUUGUAAGAACUGCUUGCAAGCAGAUAAGCCCUGUGAUUAUCCUAUGCGAGACAGAAAGCAACUACUCGAUGAGAACGAGCGUCUCAAGCGGAGUGUGAACGAUGAUACAAGUCAUGAAGACAAUACGGAGAUUACCAAUGGAGAUGAUGAGAGGCGAGGAGAUAAUCCUCUGAUCGAAAAAGAGGCAUGGUUUAUGCCUUAUGAUCCCAGUCCUAUUUACAUAGGCGAGGCUGCUUGCACAGGCUUCUCAACAAGAGUCCGGCAGCUUUUGGUGAGUGUCGAAGCCGAAAACCAUAUUCCGAGAACUUCCCNNUUCAUCAAAGAUGCUCAAUUGGAUGCUGCACUGAACACAACUGCUCAAUGGCCGAGCAGACCUCAGGCUUUCCUAUUGGUAAAUACUGCUCUGAAUACAAUUGGCAAGUGCUACCAUUUGUCUCCGGCUUCUGCAGUACGGACUACCCUCGAUCGAGCUUAUUCAGAUCUACGAUCUCUCGACCAACUGUCAGUCUGCAAAUUGUUCAUGCACUUUGCGCUUGGAGAAGCAUACUCCAUCAGGUCACCAUUAGAUGGCACAGGCGCUCUACCUGGGCUUCACUACUUUGCAAGAGCCAAGACCAUCCUUCGAGUCGUUCCGGAACGGCCAAAGAUCGACCACAUUGAGAUUCUGGUAAUGUUUGCUCUAUACAACUCGGUCAUGAACAGGCGACAUAGUGCUUUCCGAUAUAUUGGAUCCGCUAUGAGACUAGGCUUGACGAUAGGAAUGUACCAGAACAUGGCUGAGCGACAACUACCCGACAAGGCCGCGAGACAACGUAGAGUUCGUCUGUGGUGGACGAUGUAUGUCCUAGACAGAAUGAUGAGCUCAAAAGUCGGCUAUCCCACACUCUUGAAGGAUGAAGAUGUCGAAGUAGAUCUGCCAACCGACGAAGGUCUCACGGAAGCACAANAGGACGAUUUUGUAGACGCCGACUACCUCACUGCUAGUAUCAGUUUGGCUCGCAUCGCUGGCGGAAUCAUUGGCAGCCUAUACAGCCGAAGGAAGCUUCCUGACACUUUCUCGCAACGAGUGCAAGCUGUCUUUCGCAAGCUCCGAGAUUGGGUGGAAGCUUUGCCCCCGAGUAUGCAGUUGCGACAGGAAGAUGCUUCGAGCCAAGUUGCACGACACAUCGUGAUGCUGCAUCUGUCGUUCAAUCAGUGCGUCAUCCUGGCGACCCGACCCAUACUGCUGCAUGUCUUCAGGAUCUCAAACAAAAUUGGAGGCGCUACAGAAGAAAUUUCUCAGGCCACUCUGGCGUUAGCAUCGACAUGCUCACACUCGGCGGGUCACAGCUAUCGCUUGUUGAUGCGGAGCUGGGUGAAUGGUUCUUUCUUCACCCUCGACUAUCUCUCUGCUCAAUAUCUCUUCGCUUCGGCAACCGUUCUAGCAUUGUCGAGUCUUUCUGCGGAUAGCCUUGCAAAGUCUCACCAGAAUGACCUAGAAUCAGCCACCCACCUUCUACGCCAAUUGAGCAUGCUAGGCAAUUUGGCAGCUUCAGAGUUCUGCACACAUCUCGAUGCUGUGCUGAGAUCUAUGGCUACAUUCAAAGCUUCAAGAGGUGAAUCUAGCGAAGCAUCAACCAUGGUUCAGCCUAGUCCUGCAGCUGCUCGUCAGGAUACUGUUACUACUGAGAUGGCACUGUUUGGCCCAUUGGUAGGAGACUUCUUGACGCAGACAGAUACCGAGCUUGGUGUGCCUUUACUUCUUGAUGACAGUGCUUUGGAUUGGAGUGCGUGGGCAGGAGUUCUAGCUGAUCAAGAGCCCACUCCUGGGCACAUCAACAUUGGACUUUGA